AUGGCGGCCCGCGCGGCCGCCGGCGAGCGGGGGCGCGACGGGGGGCAGGCCACCCGCGGUGGCCUGCGCGGGGCGCUCGAGAGGCUGUCCCCGCGACAGUCCCGGGAGCCGAAAGGGGCGCCGAACAAGAUCCGCAUGCCGCACGAGACGAAGCAAGGCCGUCCUGCAUCUCUGGCAGGCAGCAGGUCCAGCUCCUCCGCGGGCGUCGGGGCGGAGCCGCCGGGCGCCGGAGGCGGCCUGGGGGCGGCGGAGGCGCAGGAGCGCGUGGCGAGCGCGCUGUGCGAGGCCGUGCGCCGGGCCGUGCGCGAGGAGCUGCGGGAGCAGGCUCGGGAGACCACCUGCGCCCCAGGACGCCGUUCGCUCGGAGGUGUCGCUGGCGCUGCGGGCCUCGCCGUCCUCGAGCAGCUGGCGGCAGGCCACGCCGCUGGUCGGCUCGCCCGGCGGCGGUGCGCGGGCGUCUGGCUUCAGGCUCACCCGCGCCGAGGUUCCGAUCGGGUAUAG